CUUUGCAGAUAAAUACUGCACAGUUGCCUCACAUUUUCUGAGACAUUCCUCAACUGCUUAGACAUAUUCUGAGCCUACAGCAGAGGAAUCUCCAGUCUCAGCACCAUGAAUCAAACUGCCAUUCUGAUUUUCUGCCUUAUCUGUCUGACUAUAAGUGGCACUCAAGGACUGCCUCAUUCUAGAACUGUACGCUGUAACUGCAUCAGCAUUAGUAAACAUGUUAAUCCAAGGUUCAUAGAAACACUUGAGAUUAUUCCUGCAAGUCAAUCUUGUUCACGUGUUGAGAUCAUUGCUACAAUGAAAAACAAUGGUGAGAAGAGAUGCCUGAAUCUGGAAUCUAAGGCCAUCAAGAAUCUACUGACAGCAGUUAGCAAGCUAAGGUCUAAAAGAUCUCUUUGAAACCAGAGGGAAGCAAAAUCAAUGCAGUGCUGCCAAGAAUGGACCACCCAGAGGCUGCCUCUCCCAUCACUUCCCUAUAUGGAGUAUAUGUCAAGCCCUAAUUAUUUUUAGUUUACAGUUCUACUAAAAGGUGACUGAUCAUGGUCACCAAAUCAGCUACUACUACCCCUGUAGGAAAGUCGAUAGUUCAUCAUCCUAAGCUGCUCAGUAAUAACUCUACCCUGGCACUAUAAUAUAAGCUAUACUGAGGUGCUAUGUUCUUAGCAGAUGUGCCAAGUCCUAACCCUGCUUCUGGUAUUUCCCUUACCUUUACUAUCUUCCAAGGGUACUAAGGAAUCUUUCUGCUUUGGGGUUUAUCAGAAGUCUCAGAAUCUCAAAUAACGAAAAGGUAUGCAAUCAAAGUGAUAAUACAAUCUGCUUUUUAAGGAAUGCUCUUUAUUUCAUGGACUUCUGCCAUCCUCCCAAGGGGCCCAUAUUCAUUCAGUGGCUGCCUACGUACAAUUCCAAAUACAGGAAGAUAGAAAUGUCUGAAAAUAUAUGUGUAAAUAUUCUUAUGUAAUUAAAGACUCUACAAAGUAGAAGUCUUAGAUGUAUAUAUUUCCUAUAUUGUUUUCAGUGUAUAUGGAAUAACUUGUGUAAUUAAGUACUAUGUAUCAAUAAGGAACAAAAUUUUUUAAAAAUAUAGAUAUAUGCUCUGCAUGUUAUGUAAGACAAAUGUGCUGAAUGGUUUUCAAAAUAAACAUGAUGUACUCCCAUGGAAAUAUUGAGAAAGAUUAUCUAAAUGUUGAAAGACCAAAAGGUUAAUAAAGUAAUUAUAACUAA